AUGCCUGCCCCCCGACAGUGCCGGCCACCCGGGCCUGAGCCCCGCGCUCCACCCCAAGGUCCUGCCUGGCUGCCCUUCACCGUCGUGGCCGUGGGGGCCUCCUGGGCCUCUGGGUCCACAGAGCAGCCUGGACGGAGGGCAGAGGGGCCGGCCAGGCGGUCGGGAAGAACUCUCUGCACAAAGGCCACGAUGCAGACCGUCCGGGCCGCGGACACCAACGAAGUCGUGAAGCUGAUAUUCCGCGAGUCAGACAACGACCGGAAGGUGAUGCUCCAGCUGGAGAAGAAGCUCUUUGACUACGUCAACCAGGAGGUUUUCCGGGACGACAACGGCACUGCGCUCUUAGAAUUCGACAAAGAGCUGUCUGUGUUUAAGGACAGACUGUAUGAACUGGACAUCUCGUUCCCUCCCAGCUACCCAUACAGCGAGGACUGCAGCCAGGGCCGGCAGUACAUGAACACCCGCUGCCCCGCCUGGUGUGACCGCGUCCUCAUGUCCCCGUCCGCCAAGGAGCUGAUCCUCAGGUCGGAGAGCGAGGAGAAGGUCGUCACCUACGACCACAUCGGGCCCAACGUCUGCAUGGGAGACCACAAGCCCGUGUUCCUGGCCUUCCGCAUCGCGCCCGGGGCAGGUAAACCUCACGCACGUGUGCACAAGUGUUGUGUGGUGCAGUGACGUGGUGGGAGGCGAUGCCAGCGCCUCGAGGGGACCCCCGGCGAGACCCCCCCGUAGCACCAGGGCCCACGUCCUCCGACAGCUGCGUCCAGACCCGCCCGAGCGCCACCGCCAGACGGCCGGCCCCACACUCUGCUUCAGCCCCGGACGGCGCUCCGGACAAGCCUCACAUACCUCACUGUCGUGUCUGUCCAUGCGGCAUCAAGUAGAAACAUUGGGUUUUUUUUUUUAACGAGUCACAGUCCUGUUGCCAAAACUCUAAUAGACAGCAAAAAGAUCUGUAUUUUAGAUGUCACGGUUUUCGAUUUUUAAUCAUUGUCAGCGCGGAGGAGCUUCUCGGGCGCAGAAGCCCCGCGGGGCUGAGUCACCCUGCGGUGGGGGCUGAGUGGACCGGCCAGGCUCCACACCGGGGGCACGUGGCCCCCGCCUUCACUCUGGAGGCCCCUCCCCGUUAGUCACUCUAUGCCAUGUUACAUGGUUUCUGAAUCACACUGCAGCUGCUUUCCAUUUUUAUAUAUAUAAAUAUAUAUAAAUAUAUACUUUUUAAAAAUAAUUUAUAAACCUUACCAAAACUUACGCUAAAUAUACUUUCCAGUAUGAAUGCUUGAGUGUCAUAUCAGCAGUAGAACUGAGUCUGGGAGCCGGUCACCUGCACGCCCACACACGGCUGUCAAGCCGGGACUGCGCCCGGCCGCGCAGUGGGGCUCAGACGGCCCGAGGCGUUCACGCCAGCAGUCAGACUCCUAGGCCUCCUUCUGUGUAAUAUCAAGAACUGAAUGUGAAGUUUAUAGCUAGCUCGGGUGUACCUUUCAAGAAUUUUGUAAACCGUUUUGUCCGUCUUUUGUUACUGUUCUAUGGUGCCAAGUAUUCUACAUAAAACAAUAAUAUCAUGGGAGAAAUAAAACUAGCCUAGUCUGCUUCCGAUAGAAACCGCUUUUAACAUGGGCUGUAUAUAAACUAUUAAGAGAAACAAACCGUACGCGUCCCCGGUUGCUGCGCCGCCCGGGGCCUGCCGUGACCCUGCCACACGUCCCUGCCCCCGACACCCGGCCCGGCGGUCAGAGGUGGUGCCCGGCCCGAGGAGGAAACAUAAAUGACGUUUAUUGAUCUGCUUUAACACUACAGAACUCCGGGGCUGGGUGCAGGCGCCGGGGUAGGGGUGGGAUGCUUGCUUUAGGUGAAUCCGUCGCAAGCGGUUUGGAGUCCACCGGCCGAGUCUGCAUCCUCGAGAGAAUGAUCGGGGUGUGUGUCAGGCUGUGGUUACUCUGUCCACGUGCCGCGCGGCCGUUCCGGCCCACGGUGUUUUCUGUGUAGCAGGGUUUCAGCUGUUGGUCACUCUGGAGGCCUUUGGAAAUGACCGCUCUGGUCCCUAAGCAAUAAAAUUGAUUUUGGUGAAAACAA